AUGACAUCUGCAGUGUCACCAGCAGAUCUGAAAUCGCUGCCAAACCUUCCGGGCUAUACCUUCCCAGAGUACAAGGACAAUUAUGCCAGGCCGAACACUUGGAAUGUGGUGAACGGCGUGCGCAUCGAACAGAAGGAAGGUCUCUCCUUCGACAAACCAAAGUUCGUCAAGGUGAGCAAGGCUCCGGACGUUUGGCGGUCCGGCUCCCUGCCCGAUAGUCAGACGCGCGCCGUCUUCAAGAAUGCGGGCGCCGACAUCCAGUUCCAGGAUUUGCCGGCCUGGGACGCCUUCGACCGCCACGUCUUGCGCUUUAGCGGCUACUUCAAGGAGUCCGUAGUGGAGACGAACCUGGAAAACUUCCGUGUUCGGAAAGUAACCAUCUACUACUACCUGGAGGAUGAUACUUGCCAGAUCAUCGAGCCGAAGCAGGACAACAGCGGCAUCCCGCAAGGACAGCUCAUUCGGCGACAUCGCUUUCCGUCCGCCGCCGGAGGCUACCUCAAAACGGAGGAUAUCCGAGUGGGCUCUACCCUUCAGAUCUACGGCCGUAGCAUCUUCGUCACGGACUGCGACCCCUUUACCAGGGAGUUUUACGAGAGCGCCGGGGACCCCCAGGGGCCGCCGGAGCCGGAGGAGAUGGACCCCUUCCAGGAGACGCGCGAGGCUAUGAAAAACCAUGCGCCGGUCCAGCCAAGGACCUAUGAAAAGGUUUACAGAGAGGUGAUGCUCGGCGGUGGCCACAUCAACGCUGACAUGCAGCAGUUCUUGGAGAACGACAAGAGGGUGCUGAGAUUCUUCGCCGUCGUAGAUGAUGUCUUCACGCCUCAGUUUGAGCGACGGCCGUUUACUAUUAUGUUCUUCCUUGCGGACGACAUGAUCGAAAUCCGGGAGCAGUACCCGCUGAACUGUGGCAGGGACAACUUCCCGAUCUUCUUCCGCAAGGGGAAGAUGCCCAUGGGCGCGUACAAGGUCGAGGGACCUCAAGCACAAGCCCGCAAGAAGAACGAGUAUGUUCAUGGCCACGACUUCCGAGUGGGCAUGACUGUUCAGUUGUUGGGCACCUACUCGUUCUUCAUCUACGAUGCAGACGAGUUCACACGGCGCCACUUCGUGAACGAGCUCGGCAUGGAGCUAGACCCGCGCGUUGACGUGCGGCUGCCCGAGCGGGCGGUGCCCAGGGCGAAGACGCCGCCCUACACCGGCUACGGCUCCUGGGAAGACUCCAUGGGCUCCGUCACGCACCUCAUCCCCAAGCAGCCGAAGAAGGACUUCGUGAAGCUCUUCCGGCACGAAGGGAAGGUCCUGCGCUUCAAGGCCAAGUUCGCGAGCCCGAAGCCGGAGGAUGCGGAUCGCAUCUUCGUCAUCAGCUACUACCUGCAGGAUGAUACCAUUGCCAUCCACGAGCCGCCUCAGAGGAAUCUGGGUAUCGUCACUGGGCGCUUCCUGGAGAAGGGUGUCCACAUGAACCAGGUCACCGGGGAGCUCUUCCAGCCCAAUGACCUCAUCCCAGGCAAGGUGGUCAAGAUUUACAACAACGAGUUCCUGAUCGUGGACAUGGACGAGUACUCCAAGAAGGUCUUCGAGAAUCCGGAUGCUUUGCUGCGAACGUUCGAUCUGGAGGCGGUGCUCCAAAAGAUCAGGGACUCCAUGCGGCAGCAGUAUCCGCUGGUGCGGGACGUCUUCAGGAAGUUCGACAGCGACCACGACGGUGUGCUCACAGUGGCCGAGUUCCAACAGGCAUUGGAGAAGUUCGGCUUCCAGCUUUCUCCCGAG